GCUCAACGACGUGUCCAACCCUCGUAUUAUACGUUCCUUGAUCCCAUGUCCGUCUCUCCGAGUAUUCAUGUGUCACUAUGUGAACUUUGUUGACUUUGAGCUGACAGUGGCUAAAGAGUUUGGAUGGCUUUUGUUAUCUUCUGGCAAGCGCCUGGAGGAACUCGGGUUCACCAUCCAGGCUGCAGCGUCCCUUAACAACGGUGUUGACCUUGACAUCGACCUUUCCUGAUUUUCCAAUCUUCGGCGGAUCGCACCAUGGAUUGAAGACAACCAGUACCUCAUUCCAUUCCUCAAACGGCUCACCGAGUCCGACUGUUCGAUUCCAACGCUAGAGAUGCUGGACAUCCACUGUCUCUCCGAGCAUGAUCUAGAUUGGGAAAAGCUUGAUGAGAUCGUCCAGUAUCCCUACUUCCGUGAGCUCCAAGAGAUCAAAAC